GAAGGCGCAAAUAUGUCUUUGAAGUUUUCUUUUUUCGAAACCCUCUUCUUUUUUUUCUAUCGAAUUCUCUUCAAACAUUUUAGGAACUCAAAAAGUCUCCACAGAGCUGUCAGCAACAACUAUAGCAAAUUUCAAAGGUACAAUUCUCUUGCUCACAGAUCAGACCUUUCAAACCAAAUUUUGAUCUUCGAUGUUGAAGGAGCUUUAUUGAAAUCCUCAUCAUUGUUCCCUUAUUUUAUGCUUGUGGCUUUUGAAGCUGGAGGUCUUUUCAGGGCUUUUAUUCUACUCGUUUCAUAUCCAUUUAUUUGUUUAGUUGGUGAAGAGAUGGGCUUGAAAAUAAUGGUCAUGAUCUGCUUCUUUGCGAUUAAACAAGACAACUUCAGAGUUGGAACAGCUGUUCUGCCAAAGUUCUUCUUGGAGAAUGUUGGGUUGGAAAUCUAUGAGGUGGUGAAAAGAGGAGGCAAAAAGGUCGGCGUAAGUAAUAUACCUAAAGUAAUGAUUGAUAGUUUCUUGAGAGAUUAUUUGGAGAUAGAUGUUGUAGUUGGACGAGAGCUAAAGGUUUUCUGUGGGUACUUUGUUGGACUCAUGGAAGAGAGAAAGAAAGAAAAGCUUGUUUUACAGGAGAACAAUAGUGAUGUUAUCGGCAUUACUCGCUUCAACAAGUCCCUUGAUGGACAUAAGUUGUUCCUUCAGUGUAAGGAGAUUUACAUGGUGAGAAGAACUGACAAGAGGAGCUGGCAACAGCUACCAACAGAUAAAUACCCAAAACCGCUCAUUUUCCAUGAUGGUAGACUGGCUUUUAGUCCAACCGUGUUGGCUACGGUCGCCAUGUUCAUGUGGAUUCCAUUUGGUUUCAUUCUUGCUAUCUUCAGGGCUGUUGUUGCCUUAACUCUUCCCUUCGAUAUUUCCAUCCCCAUAUUAAUCUUUUCAGGGUUAUUCCUUUCCGUAGAUCAACCAAAUAGUUCCCACUCAUCGCCCAACCCCAACUCAAAGCAUCUCCUUUAUGUUUGUAAUCAUAGAACAUUACUAGACCCUUUAUAUCUUUCUUUUACAUUAAAGAAAAACUUUACAGCAGUCACUUACAGUCUAAGCAGAAUGUCAGAGAUCUUGGCACCAAUCAAAACCGUCCGAUUAACAAGAAACCGGGAUCAAGAUGCAAAAAUGAUGGAAAGGCUAUUAAAACAAGGGGACCUGGUAGUUUGCCCAGAAGGGACCACAUGUAGAGAACCAUAUCUCUUAAGAUUUAGCCCGUUGUUUGCAGAGAUGAGUGAUAACAUAGUUCCUGUAGCUUGUAACAGUCACGUUACAAUGUUUUAUGGAACAACUGCAGGUGGGCUCAAGUGCCUUGAUCCACUUUUCUUUCUCUUGAACCCAUCUCCAAGUUACACUGUGCAGUUGCUUGAUUGUGUAUCCGGACUGUCCAAGUGUGUUAAUGAUGAAAAAUCAAGAUUCGAUGUGGCCAAUCAUGUGCAAAGUGAGCUCGCCAAUGCAUUAGGCUUUGAACCUACCAAGCUUACAAGGAGAGAUAAGUACCAGAUUCUGGCAGGUAAUGACGGGAUAGCUUGCACAAGUAAAAAACCCUAAGUCCAUACCGUGCCGUGUAAAAUUACCACCGCAGCCAAGUUGCAACGUGACUUGUAUCAAAUUCUUAAUGACAGUAUAUAUGGUCUUCUUUGUACCCUUUGGUUUCUUUUAGAUAAGUAGGCAAAAACAAAAUCAUACAUUUUUCUUUUUUAAUAAGUGAUUACCAGUUGUAACUUGUAAUAUAUUUUGAA